AUGCAAAAGAUUAAUCUUACAAAAGCUAAUAAAUUUUGUAUGGUUCCCUCUCACACUCUUUUUGCAGGUGACAUAAUGAUUUUCUGCAGAGGAGAUGUUAAAUCUCUUAAGGCUAUUUCUGAUCUUCUUAAGAACUAUCGAAACUAUUCGGGCCAGUUUUACAACUAUUCCAAAUCAUUGAUUUAUGCUCGUGGAAUGACUUUAGCUAAGCAUAGCAGUUUGGCUAACUUAAUUGGAUUCACUAUGGCUAUUCCACCUUUCAUCUAUUUUGGAGUUCCAUUUUUUUUAGGUAAACUUAAAGCUUGUUACUUUCUCUACAUUGCAGAUAAGAUAAGGCUCAAACUAGCAGCCUGGAAAGCAAAAACUCUGCCAAUGGCAGGCAGGACUCAACUGGUGAAAUCAGUCAUUCUUAGCAUGAUGGUGCAUUGCAUUUCCAUUUAUAAUUGGCCUGGUGGUUUGGAAAUCAUUUACCUCGAGGCCUACAAUUCUGCCACUAAUAUUCAUUUAUGUUGGAAGUUCUUGAACUUUAAUCAAAGUUGGUCAAUCUUGUUCAAUGAUAGAGUGAAAACAAAUGGCAGACUCAUAAAGUAUGCUAUUAAGUCUUCAAUCUGGAAUGGAAUUAAAGAGGCUCAUGGAGCUGUGUUGGAUAAUUGUAUGUGGAGCAUUGACAAUGGUAGAAGUGUUAACUUUUGGUUAGACAACUGGACAUGUGAAACUUUAGCCAACAAGUAUCAAAUUCCAGAAAAAUUUCAUUAUGGUCUAACUUCAAAACUAAGUGACUGGUGGACAAAUGCUUGGAAUAUCAACAACAACAUUCAAGUGGCUUUGCCUAACCUGUUAGGCACAAUUUCUCGUUACUCUAUUCCUGAAGUAGAGGUUCAUGACCUCUUUGCUUGGAAGAAUAACAUCAAUGGCAUUUUAACUAUAAAGUAA